AUGAAGAAUGAGCUUAAUGUGUUUCUUCAAUCAGGUCUUGAAAAAGCUUCCAUUCUUGAUUUAGGGCGGGACGGAUAUCUACAGUUCCGAUACGUUGCUUGUGUCGGUAGCGGAAAUCGUCACUACCGAGUCGGAGAGCAAUGGGUGGACGAAGAGAACACCUACUACUAUGAAUGCGAGAAAGACGGACCGUAUCUGAAGGGCAAAUUAAAGGGCUGUAUAUCACAUGACAAGCAACGAAAAGUCGCUAUCGGACAGCAAGAUGACUAUGGAGAAUACACGUACGAAUGUCGCGAAAACUAUAACGGAACAAUUCAGAUGUGUAGUGUCGGUUGCAUUCAUAAUGGGAAACAUUACAAAGUCGGAGAACAAUGGCCGGAUAGAGAAUUCCUGUUCUACUGUAGAAUGAGUGGUGGACGAAGUCAAAAGGUGUGUAUCGGUUGCCUAUAUCGUCAGAAGCGGCUGUAUGACGGUGAUCGCUACCAUGAAGAUGCUUCUGUGUUUCAGUGCGAGAUACGUCAGGAUUCCUACGGACAUAAACCUGUGGCAUGUCUUUCCAAAGAACUCGACGGAUCCACGGUUGAGAGAGUUAUCGGCUGUCGAUGGUACCUACAGGAUUCGAAGUCAAAAAUAGAGCAAACAUGUGAGCUGAAUGGAUCGAAGACGCACGUUCGAACAAUCGGAUGCAUAUAUAGGCAUAACGGAUAUGACACAAUUUUCUUGUCACCUGGUCGAUACACUAUAUGGAAUCUGCCUUACCAUCAGAAGACAUCAAUCGGACUAGCAUGUUUGGAAACUCCCGAUGGAGCAAAACUCGAUGUUUUCGACGUCUCCCAAAUGUCGUACUACACUAAAGGGCUGGUUUACGAUCAACCUCGAGGAAAAUAG